AUGCUCGACGUAGAAGAUUUCGAUACCGUGUUCCAAGGCCUCAAUUACAGCAAUGGCCUUGUGCAGGAAAUACAAGAGUACCAGCAUGCGCUCGGCGGUCGCACCUUUUUCGAGCGCUUGCUAGACCUUCUCAAGAUUACAGGCAUGUCGCAUACCCGCAAGAGAAUCUACCCGCCUAAGAACGCCCAACAGCUGCAAGAACUCCACAGGCGCAUCGUCUCGGCCAAGACCACAUUACACAACAAGCACUGCCUCAUCUUCUACCUGCUGAAGGAUUUGUCGCCUUUGCAGCACAGCGAGGUAGAGCUUUCCGAUGCUUUCGCCCGAGACGUUCACCUGGAGAAACGAUUCUGGACUUUUAUCGAAGGACUCUGGGCACUUGAUCGCAUGGAUUUUGCCAUUGCAGUCGGCCACCUCACACACCCGAGCAUUAUACCCACCUUUCCAGACGACAUCAUGCACACACUACUGAAGGGCAGGGACAGGCUGAACAGCGUGGGCGUCCAGAAGCGCAAAGAAGAUGAGGUGCUGCCACUCGCCUACUACAACUGCGUCAAGCCACCGCUGGACGAUGAGAAGGUCAGAGUCGACUUCGCAAAGUACCUGGCUGGCCGCAACGUCACCGAGACAUAUUGGUGGAUACACACACGACCGGAAUAUGAGCACAAGGCGCUACUGGAGAUUCUCGUGGAGCAGACACUAGAGAAGGGUGCAUGGUCAAGCAGUCCCGUUGAUGACGGCUAUUCACGAUCAGACAAGGCAGUAGAACUAGUCAGCCUGCCUCUCAGUGACGGGGAAGACGAAUUCAUUGAGAAGUUCCUGACUGAGGGCAAGGGUAGGACAUUCCGGGGCGCAGAGGACACUGUUAUGAUGCGCCGAAUCGCCACAGGCCGGCUCACGCAAGCGGUUGGUGAGAAUGGUCUACGUGGAAUCAGGAAAGACGGCGUAAACUGGGAGAUCCUCAGGGACAGCAUGAAGAAUGGUCUUGGGCCGAGAAGAGAUGAAGGUUUCCGCAUCUGA